AUGUCUUCAAGCCCAAAUAAAGUCAAGGCAGUCUUUUUCGACUUCAUGGGCACUUGCCUUGACUGGCACAGCAGUGUCGUCAACGCAUUACCCCCCACUAUUCCCAAGCAUGAAGCCUCGAAGCUGGCUCUUGAAUGGCGAAGAAAAUACUUCAUUGCCAACAGUGAGCGCCUUUCCCAGCAACUCGAACCCGAGGAUAUUGACGACACCCUGAUCCGAGUCCUGGAGAGUAUACUCGAUGGAAUGCCAGACCACAAACCGCAUUUCAACCCAGAGGUCAAGACACAGCUCAUCAAUGCCUGGCAUGCUCAGCCAGCUUGGCCAGAAGUUCGACAAGCAAUUGAGUCAAUCCGUAAUGAUCUCGGUCUCGAGGUGUUCGUUCACGCCAAUGGCACUACACGUCUGCAGCUCGACCUCACUCGCUUUUCUGGACUUAACUUCAACAUGCUCUUCUCGAGCCAGUUACUGGGCACAUACAAACCCGACCCCGAGGCGUAUAACAAGGCUUUGAGACUUGUCAAAUUCCAACCCGAGGAAGUCGUUUUGGUUGCAGCGCAUGCGUAUGACUUGAGAGGUGCGCAGGCUGUAGGUAUGAAGACGAUCUACAUCCAUCGAUGGACGGAUGAUGUGGAUGAGGAUAUGGAAAAGAUCAAAGGCGAAUUCGGGGCUUUUUUGGAAGGAAUGGAGGAACUUCCUGCUAUAAUUAAAAAAUUGAUAUGA